AUGGAGACCAUGACAAGGGAACCGAAUCUUUUCAGGAGUCAAUGGUGGAAGACUUUCUUCAAAAUUGCACAAGUUGGUCUACGAAUUUUAGUAACCGGAUUUGCAACAACUUCUAUUGCCACGAUGUUGACUAGCAAUCAAGAAAUCUACAUGCCUUACGAUGAGACAUAUAUAGCAGUUGCGAAAGCCCAUUACAGUUACUCAUCAGGAUUAUGGUACAAACUGUUAGUAGAUGCAGUGUUAGGUGUUUUCUCUCUACUCUCAUCGAUUCUAGCUUACAAGAUGACCAAAUUCUCUCAUACGGAACCUAAAACAACUCUUCACUUUUUCCUGCUUCUCCUUGAUGUGGUGAUGACGGUGUUGACUAUCUCAGGAUGCGCGGCAGCAUCGGCCGUGGGGAUGGUGGGGCUACGAGGGGUUGAAAAGCCAGGGAUUAGCUGGACUCCAAUAUGUCCACUCGCCAGAAGGUUCUGUGGCAUGAUCACCCUCUCCGUUGCAUCAUCUUAUGCUUCAUUCACUUGCAUGAUGGCACUCACUUUCCUCUCAGCAUGCAAGCUCAUGCUACUAGCAACACACUAA